AUGAUCUUUUCCUAUUUGGUUAUAGUAUUUUAUUUUUUAAAUUCUAUUUCGAAAGAAUCAAAGCUUCUAUUUUCAACAGAAACUAACUCUUCCUCUGAUGAAUAAUUUGAGGCAUUUUCUGCCAUAUUUAAUCAAGCUAUUGAGAAAUGUUCAAAUGAGAAUGACAACACUUAAAAUUAGUUCAAUAUUUCACUACAAACUGUAAUAUGAAAUUUAGAAAUUAGAUUGCUAAUGACAAACGAACUACUUUAAUGAUUAGAAACAUUCCAAAUAAUUAUACAGUGAAAAGACUAUAAAAUGAGAUAGAUUUCAAAUUCUAUUCAAAAUACGAUUAUAUAAAUAUUCCUUGUGAUUUAGAAGGAGGUUUUGCAUUUAUUAAUCUAAAAAACAAAAGAUAUCUUCAAGAAUUUUAUUUGGCAUUCAAUAAUCGACCUUGGAACUUUAACAGAAAUUAUGUAUAUUAUUUAUAUUAUAUAAUAGAGUUGUGUAUUAAAAUAUGCAAAAGUAUAAUAUAAUGAAAAUUAAUUAAAAUAUUAAAAGAAAAUAGGUCCAGAUAUCUAUUCACAUUAAAAAAAAGUGAUUGAUUUGAUUAAGAAUCAAAAGAAAGAAUUAAAAUAAUGA